ACUCCAUCAUUGUAAAGUGUGAGUAUCCACGUUAAGAUUGUUUUAAAUAAUUUAGACACAAAACAAUGUUUUGUAAAUUUAUUAUUGUCUCAGUAGGAAAUCAAUCUUAUAGUCAGAUAUUUAGUGACAUUUUCAGUGAUAUUGUUUUUUAAACACGUGUUUAAAUUAUAAGUAUAUACUUAUUCGUAAUAGUGUAGUGAAUAAAACUGAGCCGAAUUGUGCACCUAUUAAAUACGUAUUAACUUUUUAAAAACUGUGCUCGUGAGUGAACGGACAUUCAAAAUAUGAAAUGAAAAUUUGGGAAUUAAAUAAUUUCUUUUAAUUGUACAUACCAACCAUGACGUGUCUGGACCUCCCCUGCUCUGCCUCGAGCGCAGCUGGAGUCACCUUCGCGAAUGCUGUCCAGCAAAUCUUUGCUGCCCAGUGCCUGAUCACUGAGGACUGGCCGGCUGAUAGUCUUCAUAGGGUCAAGGAUGGCGAUAGUUUUGACUUCAUCGUCGUGGGCGCAGGUGCAGCAGGCUCUAUUGUUGCGAACAGGCUGAGCCAGGUCGAUGGUUGGAAGGUGCUUCUCAUUGAGGCCGGCGGAGAUCCACCAAUAGAGGCUAUUAUUCCCUUCUUCUCUGGAGCUACUCAUCACUCGGAUCAAGUAUGGCAAUAUUACACAGAAUUUGAUGAAAAUACCAACAGAGGCUCUCGCAAUGGUAGAUCCUUCUGGCCUCGAGGAAGGAUGCUAGGAGGCACAGGUUCCAUCAAUGGUAUGCUGCACAUGACUGGUGUCUCUGGGGAUUAUGCUCCUUGGCACUUGGAGGAAGACGAUGGUUGGGAUUGGGCUUCAAUCAAGAAAUAUCUGAAGAAGAGCGAGAAAAUUAUGGAUCCCUUCAUUAUUGACAAUCCAGAACUGCUAAAGCAUUAUGGCACUGAUGGAGAGUUUAUUAUUAACCAGUUAAAUUAUACUCAUACGGAUAUAGCAGAAAAGUUGUCUGAGGGAUAUAAUGAAAUGGGUUUGAGGUGGAUUGAUAACUUCAAUGGAGACACUCUUUUAGGGGUUGGUAAAGUAAGAGGAGCGCAAAAUAAAGGACGCAGAGUCAGCACUGCUACUGCGUUUCUAAAUCCUAUUAAAGAUCGUGAAAAUUUAUUUGUUUUGAAGAACACUUUUGUUAAUAAAAUAGUAAUUGAAGAUAACAAGGUUAGAGGUGUUCAGGUAACUCUCAGUAAUGAUAAAGAAGCAACGUUUUUGUCUACAAAAGAAGUAAUUGUCAGUGGAGGAGCUGUUAAUACUCCAGUUUUGCUUAUGUUGUCUGGUAUUGGGCCUAGAGAACACUUAGAAGAAAUGGGAAUUAAAGUUUUAUCAGAUUUGAGAGUCGGAGAGAAUUUGUUAGAUCAUGUACGAAUUGCAUUUCCAGUUACAAUCAAUACUGGAGCUGAACCUAAACCUGAUGAUUUUUGGGCUAAAGCCGCAGUGCAGUACUUAAUGGAUCAAACUGGCCCUUAUUCCUUUAACUACAAUCAACCUAACAUAAAUGCUUUCUUAGCAACAUAUAAUAAACAAAAGAUGCCUGAUGUUCAAAUUGACCACAACUACUUCGUUCCAAAAACCCCGUCUCUUUAUGAAACAUGCUCUGAUAUUAUGAAUUAUAAUGAUGAAAUUUGCAAGCAAAUAGAAGAGUUUAAUCAAAGUGAAUUGAUAUUAUUCUUCGUGUCGUUAUGCAGACCAUACUCUACAGGUUAUAUUCUGCUCCGUAGCACGAAACCUCGUGAUUUCCCAAAGAUUUACUCCAAAUACUUUUCUGACGAACGCGACGUUGAAACAUAUUUGAAAGCUUUGAAACGUGUCGCAAAAAUCGUUGACACGCCUACCUUCCAAGCGAUAAAUGCAACAUUGAAAAGAAUCAACUUCAAGGAUUGUGAUGACUACAAAUUUACCAGUGACGACUACUGGCUUUGUAUGAUGAAGGUGAUGACAUACAAUGUGUAUCAUCCUGCUGGCACUGCGAAAAUGGGUACUACAGAUGAUGCUACAGCUGUAGUCGAUAGUAGACUUCGGGUGUUUGGUAUUGAAGGCCUAAGAGUAGUGGAUGCCAGCGUGAUGCCAACUAUGACAAGUGUUAACAUCAAUGCUGCGGUAAUGAUGAUCGCAGAAAGGGCGUCAGAUUUCAUCAAAGAAGACCAUAACAUGUUGUAUUCUAGGGAUGAGUUGUAAGAGUUGAGUGCUAAUUUUGUUGUUUUGUUAUUUAGAGUACUAUUAAUUGAAGACUAAUAAUUAAUAGUGAUAAUUCUGCGGUAAUAAUUUAAAACAACCUGUUUGAAAUUAAUUUCAAACGUUAUUAGAGAUUCAAAUAGGUAUUCAGAUACCUUUACUACUCUGUAAUAACUUCGUCUAUUCUAAAGGACUAUUAAUUAAAGACUAUAUUAAGUG